UCCAGCUGUCUGGUGCUGGCUAUCAAUAGGAAGCAGAUAGAACUUUUACAGACUGACCUACUAAGGAUGGAAAAGGACAGAAAACAGAUGACUGAGACAAUAUUAAACCUCACCCUAGAGAUCAUCUACCUGCUGACUGGAGAGGAUUAUGUAACACUGAAGAAGAUAACUAAGGAGGGUGAAGGAUGCAGUAGGAACUGGGAUCCUAUCAUGGUGCCUCCGCCUCAUUCACUGAUACAUGAGAGAAACAACUAUCAGGAGAUCCUGAACCUCACCAACAAGAUCAGUGAGCUGCUGACUGGAGAGAUUCCAAUAAGAUAUCAGGAUGUCACCGUCUAUUUCUCCAUGGAGGAGUGGGAGUAUUUAGAAGGACACAAGGAUCAGUAUGAGCACAUUAUUAUGGAGAAUCACCAGACUCUCAUAUCACCAGCAGAUGACUACAUCAAAGACUUUGAAGGAAAUCUUCAUUUGUCUCCAGAAUCAGAAAUAAAAUAUAAUAUCACAGAAGACAAUCAGGUAGAACAUUCCUUAACACCUCUUUCUACAAAUAUACCCUCAGGAGGCCUUCACACCAGAGAUCUUUUUAUAGAUCGAAGUAAUCACAAGGAACCUUCUUCUGGACAAUCACAGAUUCGUAACCAAACUGCAGGAGUGAGCGAGUGUAAAACAUUUCCAUGUUCUGAAUGUGGGAAAUGUUUUAAAAGAAAAUCUACCCUUUCUAUGCAUGAAAGAAUUCAUAGAGAUGAGAGGCCAUUUUCAUGUUCUGAAUGUGGGAAAAGUUUUCGCCAAAAGUCCUAUCUCACUGUACAUCAAAGAACUCACACGGGGGUGAAUCCGUAUUUAUGUGUUGAAUGUGGGAAAUGUUUUACAAGGAAAUUGCAUCUUAUUGAACAUCAGAAAACUCACGCAGGGGAGAAGUCAUAUUUAUGUUCAGAAUGUGGAAAAUGUUUUACUCAGAAAACAUUUCUUUUUAAACAUCAGAGAACUUGCUUAGAGUUUUCAGAUUUCUUCACAAAGAACCCAAGUGUUAUUCAACAUUUGCAAACUCACACAGGAGAGGAGAUAUAUUUAUGCCCAGACUGUGGAAAAUGUUUUAGUCAGAGUAGCGAUCUUGUUAAACAUCAGGUAAUACACACAAGGGAGAAGCCAUUUUCAUGUUCAGAAUGUGAGAAAAGCUUUAUCAAGAAGUCCAUUCUUGAUAAACAUAAAAAAUCUCACAUGAGGGAGAAACCAUUUUCAUGUUCAGAAUGUAAUAAAAAUUUUAGGCAGAAGUCUGAUCUUGUUAAACAUCAGAGAAUUCACACAGGAGACAAGCCAUAUCCAUGUUCAGAUUGUGGGAAAUGUUUUAUUCAGAAAUCUGAUCUUGUUAAUCAUCGGUUAAUCCAUACAGGGGAGAAACCAUAUGCAUGUUCAGAAUGUGAGAAAAGGUUUACCAAGAAGUCCAUUCUUCAUAAACAUCAGCGAUCUCACACAAGGGAGAAACCAUUUUCAUGUUCAGAGUGCGGAAAACGUUUUAGUUACAAGUCGGAUGUAGCUAGUCAUCAUUUAAUCCAUACAGGGGAGAAACCAUUUUUAUGUUCAGAAUGUGGAAAACGUUUUACGAGGAAAUCAAAUCUUAUUGAGCAUCUGAAAACUCACACAGGGGAGAAGCCAUUUUCAUGUUCAGAGUGUAAUAAAAAAUUUAGGCAGACGUCUGAUCUUGUUAAACACCAGAGAAUUCACACAGGGGAAAAGCCAUUUCCAUGUUCAGAAUGUGGGAAAUGUUUUAUCCAGAAAUCUGAUCUUGUUAAUCAUCAGUUAAUCCACACAGGGGAGAAGCCAUUUUCAUGUUUAGAAUGUGGGAAAUGUUAUAACCAUAGAUCAGCUCUUUCUCAGCAUAAGAAGCGAAGCCAUUUUAAUGUUGAGUCUGUUUUACCUCAGAUGUAAUGUGACAGGGAAAUAAAUUAGAUUUUUUUUUUUUUACUUUUUUUAUUCUUUUUUAAUUUUCAAACAUGAAAUGUUUUUUAAUCACUGCAAUAUUGGACACAAAAAAGAAAACAGAAAAACAUUAUAUUAAAAAAAGGGAGAGAUUACAAAAAAUAAAGAUUGAAAAACCUGAUCAUUCAGACACCUGUGUGAAACAUACCCGUUUGUUCCCUAUAUUACAUUACGAGACCAACAAGGAAAAUUAUGUUUAUUCUGAUUCCCCAGACACAAUGUCUACUAGAUAACACAGGUCCCUCAAAGAAAAAUUGUGAUGGAUGAUUAACACUAGCACAAAAUCCUACACACAGGAGAUGGGCUUAACCAUCACUGCUGUCAUAAAAAUACUGGAAUAUAAAGGUGCCAUAACCUAACCACCCCAACUCUAAAAGUCUGCUGAGGAAGAAAAUCCCCCACUCUUGCUGUCUGUAAUGACUCUGAGGGAUAGAGUGUUACACCUCCCGUAUUCUCAUUAUUGCUGCUUGCUAAACAUCUUUUAAUUCUACUUAACAAUGUAUCUAUUUGCGGUGCAUCAGCCCUAGGCUCUACACGCUUCCACACCAAACAGUGUAUCAUCAGGAGCCCUAACGACACUCUAGAAUCUAAUAUAUAUAUAUAUAGAGCUGAGUGUAUGUAUGUGUGUCCGCUAAAGCAGUCCGCACCGUCACAUUUACAAUCACAAAAUUUUACACAGCUACCUCCUGUGACUGGAGGGAAAGUCAUAGACUAUGUUUUGAGUGGAAACUUUCACCCCACGUUUUCCAAUUAUUUGCCAAAAAAUACUCUUAGUAACCUAACCACCAAACUACAGGAGCCAUUGUCUGUUGGCUGUUGUGGCAGUUAGCCUGGAUAUUCAUCAGGUUGCAUAUAACAACCAAUCACAGCUCAGCCUCUAUUGUGAUACAGGUCAUUAAUAUGAGCUCUGAUUGGGUGCUAUAGGCAACGAAGGACAUUCUUAGUAUAAGACAGCUUAUUUGUGGGUUAAUAUGAUUUUGAUUGCGAAGCUUAGCUAACGUUGUUGUAGAGGCUGAUGUAACUCACAUGACCUUAAGUGUAUACUAAUUUUGUAGGGUUUUAUA